CGUUUCCACCAACAAUCAAACAGGCCAACAGCACCAGACUCCCCUCUCCCCUCGACUACGACUACGCGACACGCGAGCGCCGGCCGCCGGGGCCCAUCCGGAGAAAAGACCCCACCGCCCACUCCACCGGCCAAUCACCCGCCGCCCGCCGGCGCGCCAUGGCCGCCGCCGGCGCCGCUGCCGGGGACUCCAUCAAGCAGCCGCUCCUCCACCGCGCGUACCCGUCGCACGUCGCGUCGGCGUCGUCGCCCGCGCUCCCGUCCGCGGCCCCGGGGUCCGCGUCCGCGUCCGCGGGGGGCCGCCGCUUCCCGGGGGGUCUCGACGUCCCCAACCUGAAGAAGCGCGGCGGCGGCACGCGCAGCUGGAUCCGCGUCGAGGCCGCCACGGCGUCCGUGCAGACGCUGGAGAUCGACAAGGCCACCAUGAUGCGGCGCUGCGAGCUCCCGGCCCGGGACCUCCGCCUGCUCGACCCGCUCUUCGUGUACCCGUCCACGGUCCUGGGCCGCGAGCGCGCCAUCGUCGUCAACCUCGAGCAGAUCCGCUGCGUCAUCACCGCCGACGAGGUGCUCCUGCUCAACUCCCUCGACAGCUACGUCCUCCAGUACGCCGCCGAGCUCCAGCGCCGCCUCCUCCAGCGCGCUGAGGGCGACGAGCUGCCCUUCGAAUUCCGCGCGCUCGAGCUCGCCCUCGAGGCCGCAUGCUCCUUCCUCGAUGCACAGGCAGCAGAAUUGGAAAUUGAAGCAUAUCCAUUAUUGGAUGAGCUGACAUCCAAAAUCAGUACGCUCAAUUUGGAACGCGUCCGGCGAUUAAAAAGUAGACUAGUUGCAUUGACCAGAAGAGUUCAAAAGGUCAGAGAUGAAAUAGAACAACUAAUGGAUGAUGAUGGUGAUAUGGCUGAGAUGUAUCUCACCGAAAAGAAGAUGAGGAUGGAAUCAUCUGUCUUUGGUGACCAGUCUUUGUUGGGCUACAAUUCAGCAGGCGCUGCUGGGACUUCAGUUUCAGCUCCUGUAUCUCCAGUCUCAUCACCCACAGAAUCACGAAAGCUAGAGAAAGCUUUCAGUUUGUGUAGAAGUAGGCAUGACAGUACGAAGAGCUCAGAUAACACAACGACAGAGCAUAUCCAGGAGCUGGAAAUGUUGCUGGAAGCUUAUUUCGUUGUCAUCGACAGCACUCUAAACAAGCUGACAUCGCUUAAAGAGUACAUUGAUGACACUGAAGACUUCAUCAACAUUCAGCUGGACAAUGUGCGGAACCAGCUGAUCCAGUUUGAGUUGCUUCUAACGACUGCAACAUUUGUUGUGGCCAUUUUCGGAGUGGUUGCUGGGAUAUUUGGGAUGAACUUUGAGACAUCAGUUUUCAAAAUAGAGAAUGCAUUCCAGUGGGUUCUUGUAAUUACUUCAGUGGUGGGCGUUUUCAUCUUCUGCUCCUUCCUUUGGUUCUUCAAGUACAAGAGACUGAUGCCUUUGUAGAGUGUAUAUGCCAUAGGACCGAUGAAUCAAUUCACCAUGUAAGGUACUUGAUCUGAACCCUGAAUUUCUGCCGAUGUAAAUUACCAUUCUUUUAGAGAUUUAGGGCAUGCCUACCGAGAAUUCGGGUGAAAUUGUAACUUUCCUGACAUGAUCCCUGUCCUGUAUAAGGGAAAAUAAUAUUGCAGUUUAUAGAAAUAAUACUUUCCAAUUCCACAUCCAAGUGGCUA